AACGAAUCCAGUCGAACAGCGCAGUCGUGGAAGACCACGCAAGUUACAUUUUUGCUCCGUCUAUUAGUAUAAUGUCUAUGGAUGAAUCGAUUUCAUAACAACGCGAACUGCAAGAGCUUAAAAAGUAUUAUUUUCUUAUCAAUACAAUAUUAGUAACUAUUUCAGUGUAAUUAUUUGAUUUGUAGAUGACAAAAUAUAAAAGUAUUUUAAAAUUAGUUUGUUUUAAAUACAUUUAAGUUGUAACGCGGAUGAUAAAUAGUUUUGUGACAAUACAUACUGGUCAGUCGUUGUAGUUAUUCGGGCACGAAAGUAUAUUGUGUAAGUUAGUUUGUCAAGCAACAAAUAAUUUUUGACUAUAUUUAUUAUCUACCUAUAUACCUAACAAUGGAAAGUGCAUCGAGACCUAAUGAAAGUCUUGCCGAUAGCCGUUAUUUUUGCCACCAUUGUGAUGCCGAAAUUGGAACCGUAACUGAUGUAAGCUUUUGUACUACUUGUGUUUUCAAAUUAAGUGAUUAAUUUAUAACUAUUAAUACUUAAUAAUUUUAUUCUAGGAUUUUACGUGCCCAACUUGCAACAUGGGAUUUAUUGAAAAAGUUGAACAGACUACUGAUGAACCAGAUGAUGAUGAUAUGGAAUUUGGAAACCCACACUUUACGGUAUGACAAAUUACACUAUUCUGUUUUAAUAAUUUGUUGAUAGCACUUGUUAUAAAUUUUUGAUUUGAUUUUAGUCGGUUUUAAAAUAAUGACUACAGACUAAACUAUGUUAAUUAUUAACAUUAUUAGACAUUUUCGCCAAAAUAUAAUUUAUAUUUCAAUAAUUUUAAUUUGUAUAGCACAUCACACCAACUUCAGUUAAUUAUUCAAAUUAAUAAUAUUUAUUUAUUUAUUUUUAGUAAUUUAUUUUAAAUUAAUUUUAAAGUAGGUUCUGAACUAAUUUUGUAUCAUAUAAUAUUAUACAAUACAUAAUAAAUAUGUAAUCAAACCAUUUAAAAAUGUAUUUAAAUGUUAACUUGACUAAACAUUUUUGAUAAGUAUCUAUAGAAGAACUUGAAAUAUUAAUAAUAAGAUUUAUGUUAUUAAGUACCUAUGAAUACUAAUAAAUGUAGUUAUGUAAUCGUGUUAAAAUUAUUAAAUAUGUCAUUUAGAGGUUGUCACAGUAGAAUUUGAUAUCUAUAUCUUUCUGACAGUCAAUAGAGCAUAAAUGUGUUCACAUAAAACUUAAAGGGUCUUAAAAUAAGUUUUAGAAAUAAGCUAAUAAGCUAUAAAAUGUAUAACUUAAUAUUUCAAAGAUAAAUUCACCUUGAUUAUUGAAAUAUUAAUUAUUUAAACAAUUUGAACUACAACUUUUUGUAGCAUUGAUAAUCUUUUAAAUAUUUAGAUAAUUGUGAAAUGCUAACAAGAAUAUAUUCAAAAUGUCAUCUAUACAUUUUAUAAUAGGUCUUUUUAUCCUAAACGGCAAAUUAUAAAGACCAUUUUGUUUGUUUUAUGUAAACACAUUUUUACUUUAUUGCCUGUUAAAAAAAGAAGACAUGGCAUAUGCCACUGUGAUGAACUUUUAUAGUUAUAGUUUUAAUAUAUUAUGUAUGUAAUUGUAUAAUUUUUUUAUUGAUAAAUCUCCCAAAAAUUUGCAACAAUUAAUCAUUAUCAGGUACUUUAACAAAAUUAUUUUUUUUUAAAUCCUCUAUCCAAUAUCUUAUAAAUUGUAUACAAUUGCAAGUAUAGCAAUUUCUAUUUUUAUUCCAAACUGUAUUCAUGAUUAAAUUAUAAAAGGUAUUUUUUAUUAUUUCUACUGUUUACAAAGUUAUCAUCCUUAUUUCCUUUAUUUGGUAGUCAUAAUAAGAGUUUUUUCAUUAAUAUACUUUUUAUGUUCAUAUUAUGAAAUUGUAUUAUUUUGAAUCAAAUGUUUAGGUGAAUGAUUUAUUAGGAGAGAUUGACGGUGGAAGACGAAGGUCUAAUAUUCGUCGUCGAAGAUUUACAACAAGAGCUCCACAUGUAAUGACACUUCAACCUGGAAGGUAAACUAAAAAACUGUAUUAGGUACAUUUAUAAGAAAAUAAAACUGAAUUUUAUUACAUAGCCAAUGAUAAUAAUUAUUAAAAUGUUUACUAUAUAUUUUUUAGAUAAUAUUCAACACAGAUUUCUCUUAGUAUUUAUAUACAAUGGGUGUGCUUUUACAACUCACUUUGGGGGCCCAAAGUGAGUCUUACAACCAAGUGAACCUUAUAUGGAUAAGGUUACUCUUAGAUAAGUAACCUUUAAGCAAAGUGGAGAAAGGAUAGAAUGUAUUUGAAUAUGUUUGGGCCGUUAGUCCAAGUGAUUUUGAGUCUAAUAAGCGACUGAAUCUUAUAAGCGGCAUUUACUAUAUAUAAUAGUGAAUAGUAUCUGUAUAGUGGAUACUCUUCAUCAUUGAAAUUUUGUAUGCUAUUCAGAAGGGAUAAAUGUUAUACACCUACAUAUAAGACUAUAAAAAAUUAGCUAUAAUUGCAGUUUAGCUAUCAAGCAUUUUUUUCAAAUAUUUUUGAAAUCUAGGUAAAAAAAAGACAUUCUAGGAUAAUGGAGACGGGUGUAGCCACUGUUAUAGGUAAUUUAACAUAUGUCUGUAAGCAACGAUAAACCAUUGCUAACGAAAAACAAUUCUGUAGUUCAAUUGAUAGUGAUGCUUUGUCAAUAAUAUAUAUUUCAUAUUAUGGUAAAAUAAUUAAAUAGGCAUUAUGUAUUUUUUUUAAUACUAUUUGUUUAAUAGUGUAUCGUAUUUCUUUUCAAACCCUGAGUUUUAACCUGUGACUUCUAGUAUGACAAAACAUAUCUUCAUGACCAUUCGACUACAACAAACAUAUAAUCAAGUAGACAAUAUAGAGUUAUUUAACAUUAACAUGAAAUAUCAGCAUAAUAUCUGAACUUUAAAAAGCUAUAAUUUUGAAACUUAGUUAGUCAAUUCUAACUUUACCAUCCUUCUUAAUCAACAAUACACAUAUGUUCAAAAAAAAAAAAAAUUGAAAAAUUUGAUUUGUUCCACAUAAUUUUUUACUCAAACUAUUUUUGUUAAAAUUUAGUAUUAAAAUUCCUUUAUAAAAACAAAUACUACAUUAAACUCAAUCUUUCUUUUCUUUUUUUUACCACAAAAUAAGAUUUAAUGAACCUAAAUGACCACAAAUUAAGACUCUUAAUAAACCUCCUGUUAAAUUUUCAAGCAUUCUUAAAAACUUAACCACAAUACCUACCAAAUAAAAAUUACGUACAAAAUUCCCAAAAUUUAAAUGUCUAUGAUUAACUUAAAAAUGUCUUAAAUUUUUUUGAAAAUUUUACCACAUCUAGAAAAGGCAAAUAUAAGUUCUCUGUCCUAAUUUCAAGUUUCUACAAAUAUUUUAAACUGAAUUACAACAAAUAACAAAAUUUAUAAAAUAAUAAAAGUAUUAAUUUUGUACAUUUUCCAUUUUUCUUAAGUUUUAUCCUGGUUUUUCCCAGAUAUUAUGAAAACUGCUUGGAAAAUCAAAAAAUGAGCUCCCAAAAGUAUCAUCUGGACAAAAUUCCCUUUCAUAAAUGGUGCCGCGCGUAUAUUUCUGAGCAAGAAUUAUGGUCAAAUUUGUUUACACAGGAAAAAAAAAUAAACAUCUUAGUAAAUCCAAAAUGUUUCAAAAAUGAUGGCUUAAAUGCAAAUUAGAGUUGAUCAUUAGUUCUGACGUUUAUUAUUUUUAUGGAUAUUAUGUGUAUUAUAUUAAAUUUUUAGUAUUACAAUUUUCUGGUGUUAUUUAUAUGACAUGGUUUUGCACAACAAAUCUCAUGUUAUUUUUUUUAAUAAAACAGUCGAGUGAGUGCUGAGAGUAAGUUACCAUGCCACCACUCUAGGUGCAUCUAAAAUUCUUUUGAUUUUUCCCUGUUACUUACUCGAUGUCGUUUUGAACAAAAAAUUGAGGGUCUUUGUUUUUAUUAAAACAGUAAUAAACUUGUUAAACAAUUUCAAAUUGUUAUUAUUAUUUGGGGUACUAAUUAAAACAUAGUGGCAAAAGAAUGCAAAAAAAAGGAAUAGAGAUUCGGGUUUGAAUUCUAGAGUUCUAAAAUGGUAAUAGGUACACAUCAUCACUAGGUUGCGACAACCAACCUCAAAAAAUUGACAAUUUUCAUAUGAAUAAUUAUCAGCCUCAAUCUUUGUUUGCACCAUCAUUUUUAAAAUGUUAAUUUACCCAGGUUUAGAAAAAAAAAAACAUAAAAUAUUGCUUGGUAGUUGAACUGCAAUUGUUCCAGAAAUUGAUCAGGUACAUCAGUAAAUAUUUAAUUUGAUAAAAAUUAAGUAGUUUUGUAAAUUUCAUUUUUAUUUCACAUGAUAUCUGCAAUAAGAGAUUUUCCAACUAUGUUUCCAUUAUUUUGACAGAAUCCAAUAGUUAACAUUUUUUUUUUUUUGCGAAGCGAUAAUCUCUUGCAUUCACAUUUAUUUAAUAUAAAACUAGUUACUAACUUACAAAACAGAUGAAACAUGGGUAAUCAAGACAUUGAUAUUUUCGUCAUAAUCGUCGCAAUUUUAUCUUAUUGUUCAAUAACGAGUUCAUUAUCAUUAUUUAUUUUAUUUAUAUCUAGGAUGAGCAUGUUUUGCUGUCGUUCUUUUGUCAAUAUUUUUAAAUUAAGAUUACUUUAGGUGUAUGCUUUUAGGAAGUUUCCUUAGGGAAGGUUUUACUGUUUAUAUAUGAAUGCAUGAGAAUUAAUGUUCAUUGUUUCAGAGGUCCAAGGCGUAGUUCAGGCGGGACAAUUGAAAAUUUAGUUGAAGAUGUCAUAGUAAAUUUUGCUGAUUAUGCACGAUCGGGUGGAAGCCCAGUGUAAGAUAUGUGUUAUCAAUUUUGUAGUAAAUUAUACUUUCAUGUUAAUUAUUUAUUUCAGCAGUAGAUUUUUACUCGGUAACCCUGGUGACUAUGUUUGGGGAAGAGAUGGAUUGGAUUCUAUUGUGUCACAGUUAUUAAAUCAGAUAGAUGGAGCUGGACCUCCUCCGUUAACUAAAGAAAAAAUAGAAGAAAUUCCUACAACACUUAUUUCACAGGAGCAAUUAGGUAAAAAAAAUACAUUUUAUACAUAUAAUUGUUAUUAAUCUAUUAAAAUAAUUACAUACUUAAGUAGUAGGAUUAAAAAGUUCCUAGAAUUCUUAUUUAAUUUUGUGUAUACCUAUAAAAUUUGAAAAUAAAUAAAAUUACUAGAGGUAUCAUUAUUCAGUACUUACUCCAAUGAAUUUGUAACUGUUGGCAACAUCUUUGAUAAUGCUCUUUUGUGUGAAAAGAAAAUAUAACUUGUUCAAUAAAAGGACAUAGAGAGCUAGAAAAAUUAAUCUAAGGGUUAUUGAUGAUAAUAAGAACAUUCUUUUGAAAUGGUCCGGAGAGUAUAUUAUUGGUUAGAAUGUCUUCAAUCAAUAAAAAAAACAUUCACCUUUGAGUCCAAAUUUCAGAUUCUUAAAUAACUAGAAGCAGUUGCGUGGCGCACACUUAUUUUAAGGGAAAUUGCUUCUGAGAUUUUUUAAAUAUAUAGGGAUUUAUAUUUGACUUAAUAAUCAAAUGAUGAUAAAAAUGGCUAUAAAAUGUGCUAAUAAAAUUUGUUUUUUAUGAUUAUUAUUUUCUUUAUGACCAAAUGGCCCUUACUUUUUGAAUAUACCUCCUAAUAAAUAAUAUUAUGUAUUCACUAUCACUAUUCAGUUUUUAUUGAUUAAACUACACCCAUAUGGUUUGAGGGCUAAAGUCACAACAAUUCAUGCAGAAUCCAUUAUUUUUGGUUUGGACAGUUUGAUGUAAACAUUUUACAAUUUUUCGGUUAAAUAUAUAUUAUAUGAAUGGAUUUGGAAAAUAUAUAAGCCUCAAUUUCCAACUUAUUUGUGUCUAUGGUCUUUAAAAAAAAUUCAAGCAGUGGGAUUUAUUUUAAGUUUUGAAUAUGAUUGGUAUCUCACUAAAAUAUUUGUGCUUCUAAAAUGCUUAGUUUGCCACGCCAUUGAUCAGAAAUCAUAUGUGGGAAAAGAUCCAGGGAAUUUCCUUGCCCCCUCACCCUCAAUUUAGUUUUUUUUGAAAAAAAAAAUUCAUCGUUAAAUUACCUAUCAACUAGAUGAAAUUUUAUUUUUAGAAAAAGUGCUACACUUGAAAAUGAGAAUAAGAUUUCUGGUAGAAAUUUUGUUCACAGUAUAAAAACAAAAUAUUAAUAAACAUCAUUCUAAAACCAAAAUAUUCCAAGCAAACUUAGGUUUCUAAAGGUUUCUUAGGUAAUCUAAAGUAUUACAGCGAUAAAGUUAGUAAGUUAUAUAACUUGGUUUCUGUAUUUUUAUUAAAUAUUUAUUUUGCCCCACCUGAAAUCUAUUAGCAUCCAUGGAUCUAUUUAUCUACCACAGUAUGGUACCUAUCCAGCGUUCCAACUAGAGUUGAAUAUUAAUUAUUAUAAUGAACUCAAAUGUUCUCUACCUUACUUCAAUUUUAGGUGUAGACCAUGAUGUCUUCAAUAAAUAUUUAAAUAUAAUUGAUCAUUCCAUUAUGUAUAACCUAAAUGAUGUUAAUAUUGCCAUUAAUGAUUUUUAUAAUGUAAUUAGUGAAGCGGUAAGUUUAUUCAUUUUAAAAAAAAAAGAAAAACCUCUAAACCUUUUUAUUUACCUUUUGAAUUUUAUAAAAGUUAUAUAAUUUAAUUUUAAAGAAAAAUAAGUUUCAUGCGCUACAAAAAUUGUUAAUAUUAUGAAAUAUUUUCUAAAUUAAAAUCUACUUGUAAAUUACUAUCGCAACAUUGUUAUGCUUUUUAUGUAAAUAAAAAAACAAUCUGACUUUACUAACAAUCCUAAAGAAUUUUGAAAAUUUGUUAAAGAUAAAAAACAUUAUAAUUCUUUGCCUAGUAACCUGCAUUUAAAUGGACAAUACUUAGAUGAUUUAGAAAUUAUUACUAACAAUUGUAAAUCAUUGUUUGCUUUAUUUCAACCUACUCAUUAUCUACUCCGAAAAAUUCAUUAACUUCCGUUAUACCCGCAAAGUUAAGUUAGUAAACUUUCAUUGACGUUACUGGUGAUAUAGUCAAUCUGUUUUCCUGCUCUCUAUCGAUUUCUGAAAUAUUUGAAGGACUUACCUCAAUAAAACCUGAUAUAAAGAUUUAUAUAUAGACGUUAGAUGUAUAAGCACUGAGGUAUAAUUUAUAAUAUUUAUAUUUUGUAUUAGUUUUUAACCCUUACACAUACAUUAUUUCAUUGUUUUAAUCUGUCAUACAUUUUCACAUUUAUAAUUUAGUUAUUACUGUUAUUUUAUUAAUUAUCUGUAAUAUUAUUGUACUUAUGCCCAAAAAGCUUUAUCCUUUUUUGUAAUUUCUUUACAAUAAGAUGAUUAUUGUUAUUAUUAUUAUAACUAUUUUAAUUCCUCUAAUUAUUUUAUUUUAUUUAGAUAGUUAAGUCCAAAACAAGUAAAUAGAUGAAUAUAAUUGUAUAAGAAAUAUAAUUAGUAAAUUUACUUGAAAGAAGGGUCCGCAUUGAUGGCACACAUAAGACAAGAAAUUGAAGAGUUAGAAGAAUAAUUAGUAGAUGGCAGAAAGAUAAGGAAAGGUGGGGAAGAGUAGAUAUGACAGAGGAAUCUUAAAAGAAAGUUGUUAUAAUUAAGAAAGUGAAUCAAUUUUACCCAAAAUGAGAUUAGAGAGGAAAAAGAGGUUAAAAAAAAUUAUAUAGUUCAUAAAUGAUAUGGUUAGUUAUUUAAAAAUAAAUUCCAGAAACUUUUCUCUAUGAAAUAGAUUUUAUUUAUCCUGUAGUGUAUUACUCAGAAUUUUAAACAUAUUUUUUUAAAUUUAUUAUUUAGAUUUAAAACUGCAAUGUUCUGUUUGUUGGGAAGAUUUUAAAAUUGAUGAAAAAGUUAUGAAGUUAGUCUGUGAUCAUAUGUUUCAUAAAGAAUGCAUUGUACCUUGGCUAGAAUUGGUAAGUAUUUUAUUAAAUUUAGUUAGCUAUUAUAUGGUUAGUUUACUUAUAUUUAUUUUAUAAUUAUAAUUUGUGUCUAAAUGUAAUUUUUUUUAGCAUGGUACAUGCCCAAUUUGCCGUAAAUAUUUAGCUGAUGAGGGACUAAAUUCAAUGAAUACGGAUCCACUAGGUAUCAGCUUGGGCGUUGGACCAAAUUUAGCGGCAUUAAUAAGGUUUGUUUAAUAUUUUAUAUUAAAAAAAAAUAAUAUUAAUUAUUAAUUUAAUUAAUUUAACUCUAAUCUAUUAAAAUUUGUAUUAUUUUGUUUUGAUUGCUUAAUAUCAACUUGUUAAAAAAUAAUAUUUAUUUUCGCAUAUUAUUACAGGGCACGUGGGCAGCGUAAUAAUGAUUCGAUAUGGGGAAUAAAUGAGUAUGAUUUAGCUUCUACUUCAUCUGACUGGCCUGCACAAAUUGGUAUUAGUUUACCUCAUCCAAUUACAUCUUCAUCAUCAUCUACUCAGACUUCAACAGGACCGGGUAUGUCCACUUAUUCAUCUGUAGCAGCUAGAAACUUACGUGACCAACGAUUGUCAUCAUCAUCUGCUAAUGUCGAACCUAUGGAAACAGAUCACGAUCAAAAUCUUCCUGCCGUGAACAAUACAAAUAAUUCCUAGUCUUUUGUAGUAUACGCUACAUGAUAUGAACGCUGUAUUUAAUGCGAGUGUACUGUUUAGUAUAUAAACAUAAAAUACAUAUAUUAAAACACAUAACCAUCAAUUUUUUGUUUAACUAUUAUUGAAUGUUAAAUAAUUACAAUAAUCA